UAUAUGUGUGCAAUGUAACCUAUAUGUGUGCAAUGUACCUGUAAGUGUGUAAUGUAACAUAUCAGUGUGCAAUGUAAUCUAUAUUUGUGCAAUGUAACCUGACACUGUGCAGUGUAACCUGAGAAUUUGUGAAGCGCAGAUGUUACAUCGGUUUUCCCCAGCCAUAAUGCUAAAUCCGGGAUAGACACGCUCGAUCAACGACCAAGGGGACGGUUUUAUGCAUGUAGGAGAAGUAAGCUAGCGGGUUACUGCAGGAUAUGAGUAUAGCAGAGAAAAACAAACACAACUGAGCACCGUAUUAAGUUUUGUGUGGGAUCCGUUGACAUAUGCAAGCAUGCUCUAAACAUAUGAUAUUCGGAAUGGGAGAGUGUUUUAAGCUCACGACAUGCUCAGUUAUCUCAUCCAUCUGUGAGUCUCACAGAUAAAACAGGGCCAAAAGGAAACAAGCCAUUCGCUAUGCCUCUGUCAAUGAAUGUUUGAAAGACAGCGCCUCCAAUGAAAUGGCAGAAUCAUUGAUUCGUUCAUUCGAGAGGGCUGCUCGAAUUCUGCUGGGGGCAGAGUUCAACUGGCCAUAUUUGGCAAAUAACAGCAAUCAUUGCAGGCGUCAUUGUCAUGUGUUGAUCUGUGAGGGCUAGCACGUACUAGAGACAGCACAUCGGCGGGUCCCGGCAAGUCUGAUAUCUUGGAGAACCGAGGCUUGGUGUGAAGGAAUGGAUGGGGAGAAGGUGGACGCCGUGUUCCUGGCUCUUGGGAAGUGGGGUCGAUGGCAAAUCCUUCAGGCUAUCUGGCUCGCACUUACCUACAUACCCCUGGCUUUUCAGUACACAAGCAUUGUGUUUGUGGGUUACGAACCGAGUCACAGGUGUGGGUUGACAAACAGCUCAGACGGCCUGUUCCUGUCGGGUAACAAGACCGAUGGGGAUGCAGUGUUUAAGCAAUGUGACCACUGGGAUACGAACUCCAACUCUACUACGUCCUGUCCGGGACGAUAUCAGUAUGCGGAACCACGGUACAUAUCCAUUGUGUCUGAGUGGGAUCUGGUAUGUGAGUCGUCAUACUUGGUUCAAAUGUCACAGACCAUCCUGAGCUUCGGUUUUGUUCCGGGUAACUUGUUGCUUCCCGUGGCUGAUAGGUUUGGUCGCAAGAGGGCGCUAGUUGUCUGCCACUGGAUUAUGCUGGUUGCCGCUACAGCUAUCGCCUUUUCACCUAACAUCAUCGUUUUCAUUGCUCUUAAGUUCACCAUUGGAUUCCUUUUUCCGGGCGUCAACAUUAUUAUGUGUGUUAUGCUGCUGGAGUUAUUCCCCAUGGACGUAAGGGCCAAGGUCGCCAUGGUGUCAAAGUUCGUCUGGGCUGCCGGCAUCAUGCUCCUCACUAUCGUGGCAUACAUCUUCCGGGCGUCUAGCUGGCGAUACCUACAGCUCUGUCUGGCUUCCUUCUCCCUCCUCGUUAUCGUGCAUACGUUCAUCACCGAGGAAUCAGUUCGCUGGCUUUUUGUGAUGAGCCGGAAGAGAGAAGCUGUCGCCGUUUUAAAAAGAGCAUCUAAGUGUAACAACGUUUCUUUCAAAGAAAAGCUGAUUCCGCUUCUGGGUGGGUUUGACUUCGGGUCGAUCACUAUACCGAACUCGAAGCAGGAUUUAACCUUGGCAGAUAAGAGCUACACCAAGGCUAAUGCUAACGGAUUCAUCAUCUCCUCCGCUGACAACACCUGCACGCAUGAUGUCAAAACGGAUGAGGCACAUGAGGACUCAGUUCCUCUUGAUGACGUCACGGUGCAGUCCAGUUCCACGCCCGGUGAGGUGGAGGAGGCUCAGACUAUGCUUUCUGGAGAAGAAGACGAGAAACCCAAACUAACUGAUUUGUUCAGGCACAAAACUUUACGGAAAUACAUUAUUAUCAGCACCUACAUUAUCACGGUGGACAUUCUCCUGUACUACGGCUUGCUGCUGAUGUCCUCCUCGCUAGCUGGGGACAGGUUUAUGAACGUGUUACUAAGUGGUGCCGUGGAGAUUCCUGCCUACAUCCUCUGUCUGUUUGUACUGGACAGGUUUGGUCGAAAGAGCUGCCUUCUUGGAUUCCAUGUAUUAUCCGGAGGCAUGUUGAGUAUGGCUUUGAUCAUCAACAUUUCAAAAGGUCCGCCCCUGCUGGUUACCGCUCUCUCCACCCUGGGCAAAUUUGGAAGCUGUGGCACCCUCAUCGUCAGUUUCAUGCACAACUCUGAGAUCAUUCCCACCAACCUGAGGGGUUUAGGCAUGGGGUUCAGUAAUGGCGUUGCCGCGAUUGGAGGCUUAUUGGCGCCAUUUUCCAGCUACGUGGUCCAGUUUGGCAUCUGGAUCCCGGGCACCGUCUUUGUCGUCUGCUGCGCCAGCGUCUGUGUUCUCCUCUCACAGCUUCCAGAAACCCGAGGACGACAACUGCCGCAAACCCUCGCGGAUCUAGACCGUUGGACUACCAAAAAGCGGCGUCAGUGCGAUGAAAAGAUAAGCACCAAGGCAACCAGGCACUCGCUAUUUAAAAGACUGAUGUUGUAAAGAGUCAGGAUCUGGGCAGUGCGGUCUUAAAACAUGCAGUCAACUGGCAAAAUCCAGUUCUAGCAGACCAAGCCAUCAAACGGUACAGCACGUCGAUAAUACACAGUUCUAGGCAAGUGUUUAGCCCAUGUUGACUAUGUUCGUCUUUUUAUAUUUGGACGGCGCUCGCUUACUCGAUCACAAACCUCCUCCGGCCUGUCCAGUUACUCCUGUACACUGCGUUAGGGCAUCUGACCACCAGACCAGAUAAAAUCCCGAGCUGGCCAUGUAACAAAGUUCCCAAAAUGACCGCUGCCUGUCUGUUGUGAUCUAUGAUUGGGUCGUUAUCCAGGCUCCCUGACCUCGCGACUACGAACGCUGGAAAUGUGUGGCCCGGGAACCCGGAUACUAUAUAUGAUGGGCGGCCAUUUUCCGAAGUUCAACUUGAUGAUGUACGAAUGGAUAUUUACCUUGGGAUGACAGACAGCACGGGAUUUCAUCAGUCUGGCGGUCUGAAACCUUAAGCAUUGCAAAGGAUUAACAGAACGGGUCAAAUAGGUUAGUAAUCGACAAUUUCCGAAAUUUACGAUGCAUCCUUCAGGGGUCAAUGGGACCCACCCAUGAAUAUGCGAACGCCUACCAAAUAUAAAAAAGCGAAAAUACUCGUCUGUUCAUCCAGGGCUAAUAAGAGUUCAGGUUCCAGGAUCACGAAGCUGUCUUAAACUUAAUUUAAACCUAGCUUUAAUUUCAAAAUAGUUUACUGGGCUAAAAUUGUGAGUGAGUGAGUGCUUGGGGUUUAACGUCGUACUCAACAAUUUUUCAUAUGACGACGAAGGAAUCCUUAGGGUGCAUGUGCGUGUAAUGUGCCUCCUUGUUGCAGGACGGAUUUCCACCGCUCUUUUAUUUAGUGCAGCUUCACUGAGACGACUUACCGAAGGCAAGUAAGCCGCCCCGUCCGAGCCAUUAUACUGAUACGGGUCAACCAGUCGUUGCACUAUCCUCUUCAUGCUGAACGCCAAGCGAGGAAGUUACAACUUCCUCUUUUAAAGUCUUAGGUGUGACUCGAUCAAGGAUUGAUCCUGCAUCUACCGGUCCCGAAGCGGACGUUCUACCAACUGUGCUAUCUGGGCGGGUCGGCUAAAAUUGUGUCCUACCUCACGAAUUUUUUUUCUUAAUACUAUGAGCCGUCUUGGACAUCCAUGAAAAUCUUUGAAAAUUAGCGUUUAAUUUCACAGAUGCCAAAGUUAAGAAUGAUAUAAGUCUAAGACAGAUUCGUGAUCAAGGGGUCCGGCGAAACCAACAAAAGGACAACGCAUAGUGACAAUAUUUAUGAGUUAUGAUAAGCCAUGACGUUUUACCAUUUUUGCUAUUUUAUACAACUUUAUGUCUGUUUGGAUAGAUCUACAUGUAUCUGUUUAGUUUAGGAUGGCUAGACCAAAAAUGUGGCUUUAUGUCAUCAAAAAAAUUGUUUUGCCACUGAUCAUAAUGUUGUCACUUUGAGAUUCAGGCAAGGAAUGUACUCUGAAUGAAACUGUGUACAGAAAUGUAACCUGAAGUGACCUCAUCUUUUGAAAGCUGUUCACUGGUAAGCUGCUCAGUGUAUUAAAUUCAUAACUAAAUAUGUAAAA